AUGAAGAUUAUCGUCUUAGUUCACAAGUUCCACAUGCCGCCUCCAUGGCCCGAAGAACCGGAGUCUUAUAUCCAGACCCUGCGAUGGUGGCGCGAUAAUUAUUCAGACGCCUUGAUGAUAAGAGCCACGGACCAGUACCUGCAGACAUCUACGGUAGACAGACGUCUCCAGGAACAGGCCCGCGAUCAAGGGCGCCCAGUAGUUCAGCGGACAACGCAGCGACCUCUGAGAUCCAUCGAGGUUCCGAAACUGCCACCACCUACUACAUGGCCAGAGGAAACACCCAUAUUCCAAGCUCCAACUCCUGUGCCCCCCCAGGCUGGACGACAGUCCACCUCUACUGCGAGAUCCAGCUACGAGCCCGCAGGAUUGGGCAAAAGGAGACACGGAAGAGAUAGUCCAAGCCGCGACGUAGAACCUCCGAAAGUGAGAUCGCGACCUAGUCCAGAGCAUAGACCACGAAGCCGUAGUCCAUCUAGAAGACCCCCAGAACGGGUCGAUGCCAGAUCUCGCUCGAGACCCGGAUUUCCGAGGCGAUCAGUACCUUCUGAGGCGCACGGGAGAGUGGAACCCUGCGUCUUCUGUCGCAAGGAAGGUCACUAUAGUUCAGACUGCGACGUCUAUCCUUACCUCAGUGACAGGGCUGAGUUGGCCUCCCGGGAUGGUCUUUGCUGUAACUGCCUAAAAUUGCACUACGGCAUAUGUAUCCGUAAGGACCCUUGUAGCGUAUGCUACGAGGAGGGGCAUCAUCGGGCAUUUUGUGUUCAAAAUCCUUUCGCCAUAUUUGACCUCAACGUGGCCCCUGAGGGCUUCUAUGACCAACUCAGGGUCCAAACCUACCGCCCCCCUCCCCGCGGUGCAAUUCCUCGUCGUCGGUACGAACGUCCUUAUCGCGAACGAGAGAGGGACGCUGGUGCCGACCGCCCCGGGCCCUCUAACCAGCCACCCCCGGAGCGGGAGCGUUCUCCGGAACCUUCCUCCUCCGGCCUAGCUCGUCAAAUGGGGUUCUCACCAGCCAACAGUGACGACUCCUGGUGA